AUGGCGAUGAUGAUGACUGGCCGUGUGCUGCUGGUGUGUGCCCUCUGCGUGCUGUGGUGCUGUUUAUCUGUGGUAGCCAAUGGUGAUACUGAUGAUCUUCGUAAUGGCAGGGACGAAAAGAAUGCGGAACAGUUAUCUUCUUCAGAUCUGAGUUUACCAGUGAGGCAAGGAGAACCAACGGCAGCAGCAGCGGGAGGAGGAGGAGGAGGAGGAUCUACAAACUCACAGGAAGGGAAGGAUGCUUCGAUGCCAAUCACGGACAUAAGUGUCCCACAAGAGCAGGAAGUGAAGUUAGAUGCCGGUCCACACAAACCAACUGGGAAUGAAUAUGAAAAUAAAGGGUCGACGGAAGCUGGAGCUGACACGAGAAAACAAACAGUACCUCCACCACUAACACAUGCUCCUUCUCCUCCUCCAGAAGGACCACCACUAUUGUCACCAUCAGAAGAAGAAGAAGAUGAACUAAAAAAAGCAACACAAGACCAGGAUAGUCCAGUCGAACACAAAUCUACACAAAAUAAUAAAGUAUUAGAAGAAGAAGAACCGGGACAUGAACUGAACACCCAAAACCUACCGCCAAAAGAACAACACACAUCCGAACAACUUCAAGAGAACCAAGAAAACGGAAAAGAAAAACAACGAUCAGGACAACUGGAACAUCGAGAACAUCGAGAAGAACUAAAAGAUCAGCAACAAAAACAGGAAAAACAACAUGAAGAAAGCAUAAAACAUGAAGAAGAACAACAGCAACAAAAAGAUGAAAUACAAGAUCAACAAAAUCAACAGCAUGAACAUCCCACAGAGAACGAAGUGGAAUCCGCAAAGGAUGAAAACGCUUUUCGCACAAAUGUCACCGCAAAUAAAGACGACGGUGACGGCAGCAACGCGGUCUCCCACACCACCUCCCCUCUUUUGCUUUUUGUUGUUGCAUGUGCGGCUGCGGCUGCGGUGGUGACCGCGUGA